CAAAUACCGCGAGAACUAAUAAUAUUAUCCGCUCCGCUAACGUCUGCAGCUGUACCUUGCCAUGUAUAAAGCGAUUAAUAAAAGCAGUCUGAGGCAACUGCCUUGUCUCUUGAAGCGGUUCCAGAGCACGUUGGUGGUGGCAGAGCACGACAAUGAGAAACUGACACCCGUCACACUCAACGCCAUUACUGCUGCCAGCAAAGUAGGGAGUGAAAUCUCUUGUCUGGUAGCGGGAACUAACUGCGCAAAGGUCACAGAGGAGCUGAGUAAAGUGAAAGGAGUAAAGAAGAUUCUGGUGGCUCAGCAUGACGCCUACAAGGGUCUUCUGCCAGAGGAACUAACUCCACUGAUUCUGGCCACUCAGCAGCAGUUUGGCUUCACACACAUCUGUGCUGGAGCCACUGCCUUUGGAAAAAGUCUACUGCCCAGAGUGGCUGCAAAGCUAGAUGUGGCAGCCAUCUCUGACAUCAUAGAGGUCAAAUCCCCUGACACAUUUGUCCGAACCAUCUACGCCGGGAAUGCCCUGUGUACGGUGAAGUGCAAUGAAAAAGUGAAAGUAUUCACAGUGAGAGCGACCUCUUUUGAGGCUGCACCAGUGCAGGGUGGAAGUGCAGCCACUGAACAGGUGGCACCCUCAUCUCCUGUGGGCAUAUCUGUGUGGGUGGAGCAGAACCUGUCUAAGAGUGACCGCCCAGAGUUGACCAGUGCUAAAGUGGUGGUGUCUGGAGGCCGUGGGUUGAAGAGUGGAGAAAACUUCAAACUUCUCUAUGACCUGGCAGACAAGCUGAAUGCAGCAGUUGGAGCCUCCAGGGCAGCAGUGGAUGCUGGUUUUGUCCCCAAUGACUUGCAGGUUGGCCAGACAGGAAAGAUUGUGGCCCCCGAGCUCUACAUUGCAGUGGGUAUAUCAGGAGCCAUUCAGCACCUUGCUGGGAUGAAGGACAGUAAGACCAUCGUUGCCAUUAAUAAGGACCCAGAGGCGCCCAUCUUCCAGGUGGCUGAUUACGGUUUAGUGGCAGACCUCUUCAAGGCUGUUCCUGAGAUGACAGAGGCACUGAAGAAGUGAGAGGCACCCAGUGCUUUUUUGACCUAAUGUAUCAAACGUAAUAGGACGAUAAUUCAGAUAUUCUCACAGAAAAUGGAUAUAAAAUGUACAGCUUCAUUGCACACCAAACAGAAGAGAAACAUGAGAGUAUCUUUACCACCCUGAUGAUUAAUACUUUCAUGCCAUUUACCAAAGCCCAUAUGAGUCAGUUUGAUUUGAGUUAUUCUUGUUAUUAUAUCAUAAAGGUGCUUAAUAACUGGCUUAUACUUAACAUCAAUUAGCCACUUGAUAAAUGAUAAUUACUGUGUUAUAUGUAGAUACUGAAAUAAACGUAAUUACUUAUUCUUUUGAUCUUU